AUUUCAUGGCUGCAGACAGGCUCCUGAUGCUCAGCUCAAGCGAAGCAUCUCUGCAGCAUCGUGUUGGAGAGGAGCUGCCCCACGCUCGGCUCUGGCACCACGGGCAGGGAGACCGCUGAGCUGUCACAGCUUUACCUUUGAAAACUCACAAGCUCCUUCAGUAUUUUGGCCUCUUCUACAAUAAGUUGCUCAUGAAGAAAUUUUAGAUCCUCCUGGGGAAGAAAAAAAAAAAAAAAAGAAGUCCUGAACAAAUCAUUUCCAAGGGGAAGUCCAGUGGCCAGACAAACCCAGCCCUAACGAUGCUGCGUUUCCUGCUGCUGGUGAUGCAAGGAGGUCUGGAGCAGUGAGGAGGUCGAGGCUUGAAAGAAGACAAAAGGUAAAAAAGCAGAAACGGAAUAUUUUCCAUCUCUGGAACAAUGCCGAGGUUCGAGGCUGACACAUCCAUGUGUUUUCCAUCUCUGCGGCGCAAGAAAGGUUUGAGUCUUAACUGCCCUCUUGGGUUUUCAGUCAAGAUUUGUCACUAAUUAAAAUGGGCAGUGGCUGGCGUUGUCCUGUGCACUCUGAAUUUAAAGCAAAGACAGUCAUAGAUUACUUUUCCGAGUGAAGCCCUAGGAAUAACGGGAAGGAAAACGUUAGCAGAAAUUUACAGCACGGCUCAGGGAUCCAAGAACAAUUUCUGCCUCGUGAACUCUCGAUAAAGCAGCGUGUGAGCUCAGCGCAGUUAUCAGUGGGAUUUAUUCUUCCAGCAUCCCUGUGAGCAGGUAGAUCUGCCCAUUCAGCACACGCAGAAUUUCUUCCUUAGCAUCAGACUGACUUCACGCUUGGCUGUUGGGUUUCAUCCUGGUUCCACUUGCAGAGGCUGGGGCCCGCGCUGUGCUUCAUGGCUUUGGAGUGGGGAGGCUUGUAAGCGUUAUGGGAAGAGGAAAUAAUUUAUCUUGAAAUUACCUAUUACAGCCAAACGGGCUGUGCACUCUGCCUCGUGGUGAGCUUUUGGCUUCACGAGCAUUUUGCAAGAAGUGUCAGAAGCACCAGAACGAUUUACGUUUUCCUUCGUGCCGCCGCAAGCUUUUCAACUGAAAUGUUUCACACUCAUCAAUUGACAAUCAAGUGUUUCAAAAUGAACCUGAGCUACAGCAGUGCCAAAGAAGAUGCACUGAAAAAACCAUUUUGAGACAGGGAGGGCUGAGACCAGCUUCUUGUCCUCGGGCGAAACAUUUACUGAUUGCAAAGUUUCCCAAGUCAGGACACCAGUUUUCCUCCCAGCCAUUAGGGUGUCUGAGUAUCCGUCAUCAUCUGGUUUUUUCCACUGAACAGGAAAAACAAGAUUUCAGAAUCGAACCAGGCUGCGAUUUGCAGGUUCGAGUGCAGAAGACAAAGAGGAUAAUUUAUACUUCCAGUUUUAAUCUGUUGCUUUCAGGAUGCUCCUGUCCAUCUUUACAGAGGUGUCAUAAAGGAUGACCAUGGAGGAACAUACUCAGUUUUGCGGCCUCAGGGCAUUCGGUGCAGUACUAAUGCAUCAUCUCAGGCACUAACGAGCGUGUCGGAUCACGGUUGGAAGGAGGAUGGAUGUCCCUCCCGUGUGGGGAUCUGAAUGAUGUGCAGGAGAGGCAGCCUGUGCUCUGGUGAGUCAUGGCCAUAGCAGAGCAAAGCCCAGCUGCUUGUUUGCUGUCUUCUCAAGAAGAUAAACCUGUACAGCUGAAGUCAAAUCCAUCAUCGCCACAGCUGACAAAAUAAGGCAUCAGAUUUGACUUCACCACCACGAGAGUUAUAUUUGCUUCUCCUCUGAAAUCUGGCUCAAAUGAUUCUUUUCUCCAGAUUGACAUGAUCUUGUUAUAAGGAAAUCCUUAUCAGUCCAGCUGGCUCCACUGAAGAUGAGCGCUGUGUUUCUCCUGCUCUUGGUGUCCACUGCGAACGUUGGUGCCGUGCUGGAAAAGGGUCUGCCGAGACGGGAACCGCGGCGCCUCUCAUGCGUGCGAUGCUGCGGGCCUUCAGAGCAGCCCGUCUCCAUCAUCUCCUCACGAUACACAAGGAUGAGCAGCGACCCUGCCUAUUCAGUACCCAAAGUCCAACCCACUAUAGAUAUCACCAUCCUCAAAGGUGAGAAGGGUGAAAUGGGAGAGAAAGGGUACCCUGGAGCCGUUGGGAAGGAAGGAGAAAGAGGGCUGCGUGGCUUUAAUGGACGGAAGGGACAGAAAGGCCAGCCUGGCCCACAAGGCCAUUCCUGCAAGCAGCUCUAUGCUGCUUUCUCAGUGGGUCGGAGAAAACCCCUUCAUAGCUCAGACUACUUCCAGCACGUCACUUUUGACAUCGAGUUCGUAAAUCUCUACAAGCACUUCAACAUGUUCUCGGGGAAGUUCUUCUGCUAUGUGGCAGGAAUUUACUACUUCAGCCUCAACGUCCACACCUGGAACUUCAAGGAGACCUACCUGCACUUGAUGAAGAAUGAGAAAGAGGUGGCCAUCCUCUACACCCAGCCCAGUGAUCGGAGCAUCAUGCAGAGCCAGAGCCUGAUGCUGGAUCUGCAGGAAGGAGAUGAAGUCUGGGUGAGGAUGUUCAAGCGGGAGCGAGAAAACGCCAUCUAUAGUGAGGAGUCUGAUGUUUACAUCAUCUUCAAUGGCCAUUUAAUCAAGCCAGCUGUAGAGUAGCUAUUCAUCAGCUUUAGGCUCAAGGCUUUGGUAGAUAGAUUUGUGUCUUCCCUCUUAGAAACCCAUAUAUCUAGUUCCACUUCAAAGGAUUACAGGCCUCUUGGCCUGCUGACAGGGUUGUCUGUCCAUGCCAAGGACACCUGUGUGGAUGGAGGCGGCUAUUUCAAGGUGAUGCAAGCUACACAAGUACUGAGAAGGCUUCAGCCCUUAUGUGCCCUGGAAAAGACCCCAGUUCUGCAGCCCUGUAUAGAUCCCAGUAACAUCCCUAAAAAGUUUGCCAAGUUGGUAGCAAAAAUUUAACUUCUUUGCUGUGCUUUAUAGAAGACAUUUUAAUUAUAUCUAAGUAUCAUGUUCAGAUACCAGUUAUCUGGGUGCUAGUUAAGGGACGGCAUUACUCCUACAACACUACUUGGGUAUCUUUGCAGUGUUGCUAAUAAGAGCCCACACUUGCCAGCACCUACACCAGGUCUGCUCCACUCAGGUAGGCAAGAACGCACCAGUGUUAAGAACAAUAUUUUGCACAGUACAUUUACCCUAAAUUUUGGGGUUGUUCCAUUUCAUGUAAUAUUACGUUCUGAGAGCAUAAUGCUAGAGUUAGAUAAAUAACAGCAUAUCGAUCUGGCAAAGCUUUUUCAGAGGCACACAGUUUUAAGUACAGCUGUAGCCACAUGCUGUAACUUUGCUAGUCUUCUGUACUGCUAGCAAUACUCACACUGGAACAUCCAGCAUGGCUGGGAAUGUGUAUAUUUCCCAUUUUAAGGAAAAUGGUGGGCCCUGCCUUAGGAUCCAAUUUCAGAGUGCUCAUUGCCAAGCUGGAAUUUGAGGCCAUGCUCCUGUUUGAAAAUUACUGUCUUAUAGCACCCUAAUUUCUGGAAAGUGGAAAAGAAAACUGGAAAGAAAAAAGGUGCUUUACUACAAGCAAUAUUUUAGGGGAUUUGGUUUCUUUUUUCCUAAAAAAAUUAGACAUCACAGUGGAAAGGUACAUGCAUCAGCAAGAAACAUCGUUUUCCCCAGUUCCUCCUUGCCCAUUCCUCCAGUCUCUUGUUUGCAUCCCAAGCCAUUUGUAUGGAUACAUGAAAAGUUCUUGCUAAGCAAACUGCUUCACUGCUGUACCUCACCUAUCCACAGCUGUUUGGAAAAGUAGCUGAAAUAAAAAUAUUGC